AUGCAGAGCGCCGCGGCUUUCCGGCCGUGCCUCGCCGGGCAGCUGGUGAGCCGUAAUCCUAGCCGCCCCCUCCUCGCGGCCCGCCCGCUCCGCGUCUCCGCCGCUGGCUCCAUCGCUACCACUCCCGGUCUGGCUCUCGGGCUGCUGUCAGCCUCGCCGGAUCGGGAGGCCAAGUCCCGCCAGCGACAGGUGUCGUGCGGCGCGGCCGGGGACGCUGUGGCGGCCCCGAGUGCGGAGGAAGGCGGCGGGCUCAUGAAGACGCUGUGGCUCGGCUCGCUCUUCGGCCUCUGGUACCUGUUCAACAUCUACUUCAACAUCUAUAACAAGCAGGUUCUCAAGGUUUUCCCAUACCCCAUAAACAUCACAGAAGUUCAAUUUGCUGUCGGAACUGUAGCAUCUUUGUUCAUGUGGAUCACAGGUAUUAUUAAGAGGCCAAAGAUUUCUGGAGCACAGCUAUUAGCCAUCCUACCUCUGGCUAUUGUUCACACUAUGGGCAAUCUCUUCACCAACAUGAGCCUUGGGAAAGUUGCAGUAUCAUUUACGCACACCAUCAAGGCUAUGGAGCCUUUCUUUUCUGUUCUUCUUUCUGCAAUUUUCCUUGGUGAGUUACCUACUGUUUGGGUAGUAGUAUCUCUUCUUCCAAUUGUUGGUGGUGUUGCAUUGGCAUCUCUUACUGAGGCAUCCUUUAACUGGGCUGGCUUUUGGAGUGCAAUGGCUUCAAAUGUUACCUUUCAAUCCCGGAAUGUACUGAGCAAGAAGCUCAUGGUUAAGAAAGAGGAAUCCUUGGACAACCUUAAUCUCUUCUCUAUCAUUACAGUGAUGUCAUUUUUCGUUUUGGCCCCUGUUACCUUGUUUACAGAAGGUGUCAAAAUUACUCCUACAUUUUUGCAAUCUGCUGGUCUGAAUGUAAACCAGGUCCUUACAAGGUCUCUUAUUGCUGGACUGUGUUUCCAUGCAUACCAACAGGUGUCUUACAUGAUUUUGGCGAUGGUGUCUCCUGUCACUCAUUCUGUGGGCAACUGUGUUAAGCGUGUUGUGGUCAUUGUAACAUCAGUGCUGUUCUUCAGGACACCUGUUUCUCCUAUCAACUCUCUCGGUACUGCGAUUGCACUUGCCGGAGUUUUCCUGUACUCACAGCUCAAGAGACUCAAGCCCAAGCCGAAGACUCCUUAA